UCAAACGUAAACAUGUCCGAGCGGUAGACAGCGCUCAGUAUUGGUAACAUAUUUGGACCUAAAUUUAGUGUUUUUUAAAGUUUCUGGUGGGUGUUUUGUACUCGUUUUACAUGUAUCCAGGAUGGAAUAUAUCUCCUCGGAAAAUUUGCACAAUGGGGGUGAUGAUGGAAGUGAUGAUGCGUUGAGUGGUAGGUGCAUCACAACCCCUCAGCGGCAAAGACGACCUCUACAACAGCUAAAUUAUCCCAUUGCAGCAUCUCCUAGGCCAAACGUUACUCCAUACAAGUACCAUAGAUGUCGAGUAAUACCAGAAGAAACAGAGAAUGAUGAAAAUAUUAACCCUUCCAUGAAGCAAACUAAGAGCAGUGGAUUUCGCUCCAGAAUGAAGUCAAAUGCACCAUGCCCUGAAAAUACAAGAAAAGACGAAUCAUCGCCUUUUGCAUAUCCCUUGAUCUGGGAGACGCACCAGGUUGUUACCUCCUCUCCCUCCAUGGUCAGCCAAAGUGACCCUGUGGAAUCACAGUGCGGCCUUGCAACCCGAGGUCAGGAGGGUUCCAUUGAUAAAAGCAAUAUCCCUAGACAAGACAUGGGUGAGGAUGUAGCCAACCUCGAAACCAAACAGGACAGAGGGACUGCUGCUGAGAAGGAGAAUGCCAGAGGAGCAACAGCAGCAGCAGGCGAGAAGGGAAACUGCAGGAGCAUGCCCAGCACCUCUACCAGCAGUAGCAGCAGCAAGAGCAGCCAUAGCAACGUCGGUAGCUUGAGUCACUUUGGGCCGAUGGUUACCCCGUCCAAGUCGACUCCAACGCCUCCACCUUCUGACAGACCUAUUUUCUUAACUCCGUCGGAGAGAUUCAAAAGAACGGGGGACUGCCGAGGAGCCAUGACACCACAGCAUCGUAAACCUAACCAUCAGGUCAACCCCUUUGAGGUGGCAGCCGAGUGUCUCCAUCUGCCUGCCGUAAGCCCAUCACUCUUUCGCCAAGUUGUAUCCCCUAGUCAGAAGGUAGACAGCAACUUCCAUUGGUCUAUAGAUCAGCUGGCGGUACUACAUCCUGCUAAUAUUGAAACCUCGCCCUACAACCAAGCGGACAUUCAGCAUGACCCAGAUUACGAGCGACAGGCACAAGAUGCCAUUGACAGGUUUUUUAACCAUCACUCUGUUGUCCCAAGUCCUUGGACUGGAAGCCAAAAGUCAGUUAACCUUCUGCAGAUGGUAUGCACCCCAGUCCACCCAGUAUCUAGUCAACCAACACCUCGAACUAAUACAGUUUGGUGCCAAACAGAGCUGUCAAUUCCUCCUGUCUUACCAGAAGCUGUUGAGGAAGCAUUAAAACCCUUCUGUACAUUUACACAGGACCAGUUUUGGCAGGGGGGCUGUGAAGAUGAAGGGACAAGCCUCAACAACACGACACUGCGCCGGAAGCUGCUCUUUAGCCAGGAUGAAUUGCUCAAUGCUACACCGAUGUGCAGUCCUCGUGGUGCAGACACCCCAGACCCUGACAGCAGACCACCUUCCCCCUCUGCCCCUUUACCCUUAGACGAUGAGGAUGAAGUACCCAUUGUAAAUGAAGAGGAAGAUCACAGGAAUCUGUUGUGGUGUGGAACCAUCAUCAGUCGUGGGGAAAUAGGAGCCUCCAGCAAGGAUCCACAGUUGGCCAGGCAUCCUCCACCAACACCGCCGUCCCGCAUGUCAUACUUGCCAAGUGACAAACCCUUCAGUGAGCCCUUUGCUUUUAGGAGGCCAGGCAAGGAUCACGGAGAUAUUCCCAUGAUACAGUGUUCACCAAAUCUGUCUCCUGUUCAAGCUCACCAGAACAACGAGGGACCAGUGCUUGUCACCUCGCCAGAUGUGUCGCCCAUUCACUGCCACCAGUACAUUACUAUUCCAAGUCCCAAAGAUGUGUUCAUCUCUGCAUCAUCUCACAUCAGUGAAGAUACUUCCUUUCAUGAUCCAUUUCUAGGACAACCCCUAUCAUCUUUCAGAGUUUCUUCCAGUCAGGACCAUGCUGUGUCAUGUACAGAAACAAGUGCCAAGGACAGUCCAUCCUGUAGUUUACCCUUCCACACAACAUUAUACUCCGAUUCAGUUUUACGCAAUGAGGAGAUGUUGCCAGCUUCACCAAGUUCAGGUCGUUUACAGAGUUCAUACUUUACGAUGAGAUUACAACAAAGUUUAGAGUUUUCUGUAAAGUGUCAGGAUUCAUGUAGUAAAGACAAAAACUGUGAGAAUGUACAUGAAUGUGUUACCGGCUCAGAUUUAUGCAGUGAAACUAGUCAUGGUGGUGCUAUUGAAAGACGAGCUGACAAGGAGAACUGUGGUGACUGUUUGAGAACUACACCAAAGAUUAAGAAAAUACCUUCACCAUGCAGGAUCUUAAACAAUAUUCCAUGUAGUGAUAUUUCAUCUGAGAUAAACUGUGAAGCACCAGGACAAGAUCAUAUAUGGAAGCAAGAGUCUGAAGAAAAGCAGGAGAAUUUAAUGCCGGAAUCAGAUGAAAAUCAGAAGAAAACACCUGUAAAGACAGCUGUUGAGCAAAGGAGCAACUCGGGUCACUUUUCUUCUAGUCCUAUCCGGGAAGAUGGCAAUAGUCCUCUCGCAAUGGACACACCAAGAAAGAGAUUUUCUUCCUCACCUCCACUCUCACCUAUCCUCUGUAGGUCCCUCAUGUUCUUGCCACAUCAAGAUAAUCAAUUGAGGUCUCAACCCAAAUCUCAAUUCAGCUUGUCACAGUCACCUCAUAUGAGCAUUGAUGUAGAUGGUAAAAGCUGCAUAGAAGAAGAGAUAAUGAUGGAUGAUGAAAGAAUAGGCCUAACUUCGAGCACAAGAUAUGUUGGCCAGUCCCUGCAGCAGCCCCGUACCACUACCACCACCACCCUCCGUAGGUCCUCAUCAGUGUGUGACAUGGAAACUGACUCUCUUGAGGUGAAUGUGAGUGGGGAAGUGCCAUCACAGGAUACAGGAUAUGUAACUGGUAGCCUGCACUCAACCAAUUUCAGCAUGUCAACAUUUGGAAAUGAUAAUGGCACUUCAUCCCAGACUCAUCUAAAAGACUGUCAUGUAAACAACUUGGCAAAUACUCCUGGUUUAUCUAUUGAUCCUUAUACUUCGAAGGUUGUAUGUAAUACUGAAGGGGGAACUAUUUGGAAGGGAAGCUUGUAAUUUAGGGUAUCACACUUCUCAUGGUGAACACUAUAUUAGUAGAUGAAAUGAACUUUGUGCUGUUAAACACAUCUUUGAUAUAUUAUAUUGUCUUUCUAUAAUUUAUUUGUAAUGCUACCAAAGCAGUAUUUAUGGAACAAAUAUCGUCUGUUGUUAUGGAUCAAACUAUACUUAAUGUUGACAUGUGUCGUAUUUGAAUUUAUAGUAGACAUACUGAUAAAUUUUCAGUCUCUAGUUGCCGUCAUAAAGCAACUUUGUUCCAGAUUUUUACUUUUUUUUUCUAUUAAGUAUUUUCAAUUACGCUGCCCAACCAUACCUUGAUUUCUUGCUGUAUAUUAUAUUGUUGUGAUAUAUAUAGUCUUUAUCUCCCUGUUUUUCUUGGUGUCACUUUCCUGGCUUUUUUUUGUAUUCAGUAGUUUUAGAAAGAAUGAUCUAUAUAGCUAUCCUUCGAUAAAUUAUGUAUCUUGACCACCUGUCAUGUGUUCAGUGUGUUUCUGAUUUUUGUGUAUUUGCACUAAUUCUCAGCAUUGGAAAAAAAAUUAAAUUUAUGGUGCAUGUUCAUGCUUUUUUACUUCUAGACAAAUAAUGCUAAUUGGCAUACACCUCUUUAUAUUGGGGUCAAAUGGUAUUUUGUAGAAGGAAGUAGUAUUAGUGACAAAAAUAAGACUCUUAUUUGAUGUCGGAACUGUAGGCUCGCGUUCGUCUAGAAUUACUUGAUUUGCAGUAGCCUGGUCUCAUUUAUAUUUGGAGAUUGCAAGAUUACAGUCUAGUUCUAAUGAGUGCUUAUUAUGUGACAGACAGAUUGCCCUAUUUUUACUUCAAUGCAAAUGAUUAGAUGGCACAAAAAUGUUUUACAUUUCUUGUAAAUUUAUUUCUAAAGCUCUAAUUAAAAACAGUAUUGGCAGGUCAAAAUACAAACCUUGCACUUGUAUAGUUACUUUGGAAAUGGUGUCGUACUCAACCGCAACUGGUUGAAAUAUUGUAAAACAUAAACGAACAAAUGUUAUGGAUCUAGUUUAAACCAUUGAUGCCAGAAGUGUUUGCACAUAUGCACUGGCCACCUGGUUUUAUUUUACUGAUUUUCUUUAAACAGAUAACUCCAAGGCAUUGCCUUGUGGGGAAGAAAACUUACUAUCAUUGUUAAUAGCAUUACAAUAACUAUGAUACGAUAGAGUGCAUAACAGUGAAAUUUGUAAUAGAAAUAAAAACUGUAUUUUCCAAAAAAUCAUAGCAUGGGAUAGACAGCUGAGAUCAAGCCGACUUAGUAAUUGAUUCCUUUGUGUACAGUGCAUCUACCUGGCAUCAGUGAGAUAAAUCUGGCUCUUAGGGUACCAUGUUACACAUGUAUUGUAGAUAUUUUU